CAAACACAUUGCGCCUCUCUCUCAAUCAAUCCAGAUACUCUCUCUGUUAUACUUUUAAGUUCCGUGAAUUCUGCUUUCGCCUAUUAUCCUCCUGAAUUGUGAUUUUAUUAGUUUCUGGCUUUGAAGGGGAAAUCUUUGCCUAUGGUUAGAUUAGUGUCUGGCGAUCCCUAUGACGGGGAUUGCUCUCAGGAUAAACAACGCGAGGAAGGUAGGCGUUGGUAUUAUUCUAGGAAAGAAAUUGAAGAAAAUUCACCUUCUAAGAGGGAUGGCAUUGACCCCAAGAAAGAAGCAGACUUGCGCAAGUCAUAUUGUAUUUUUCUUCAAGACUUGGGCAAGAGACUUGACAUACCCCAAAUAACUAUUGCUACUGCAAUAGUAUUUUGUCACCGAUUCUACCUUCAUCAAUCUCAUGCAAAGAAUGAUAGAAGGACUAUAGCUACAGCGUGUAUGUUUCUUGCGGGGAAGGUUGAAGAGACUCCACGUCCACUGAGGGAAGUUAUCCAAAAAUCUUAUGAAAUCAUUAACAAUAAGGAUCCUAAAGCAGCUCAGAAGAUCAAGCAGAAGGAGGUGUACAAUCAACAGAAAGAAUUAAUUUUACUUGGAGAGAGGAUUGUUCUCACAACUCUUGGUUUUGAUAUAAAUGUGCAACAUCCAUAUAAACCCCUUGUUGUGGCAAUAAAACAAUUUAAGGUCGCUCAGAAUUCUCUUGCACAAGUUGCAUGGAAUUUCAUCAAUGAUGGACUGCGGACAUCUCUUUGCUUGCAGUUUAAACCCCACCACAUUGCUGCUGGUGCCAUUUUCCUUGCUGCAAAGUUUCUGAAAGUAAAGCUUCCAUCUGAUGCGAACAGGGUCUGGUGGCAGGAGCUUGAUAUUACCCCACGCCAGUUGGAAGAAGUUAGCAGUCAAAUGUUGGAACUAUAUGAACAAGCUAGUGACGUUCAAGGAAGUUCAGGUGGCAUGACUGUGAAUCCACCAUUAAAAGCUCCUAAAAACAAAGAGCAUGCUGUAUCUGCCAGAUUUGAAACCUCAAAAGAAUCCUUCUUUAAUCAUCAUCAAUUUUCUGCUGACGAUGACACUGCCAGUGAAAGUAACGAGCAUGGAAGCUCAGGAAUGGAAAGUGCCCUUAUUAACAUAUCAUAUAGUGGGUCUGUAAAUGAUCAACAGGCUGAACCAGAGACGUCUCAUCAGAUGGGGGAAGCUGAAAGCAAAAUGAGAUCUGGGUCCACUGGAUUUGUUGAAAUAAAUACAAGUAAAUCUAAAGAUCUUGGGGAGCUGAAAGAUAAGUAUAUUGAACAAGGUGAUCAAUCCUCUUCUCAACUGGAAGAUGGUAUUGAACUGGCUGCUGAGAGUGAGAAAUACAGUGGGGUUAAGAGGCAGAGCUGGUCACUGCCAGAAAGACAAGAAUUUAAGAACUUGCACGAUAGAAAACUACAAGAAGAUGCUGGAGAUGAAAAAAGUGAAGAAAUGAAGAGGCAGUCAUCGUACAAACCAGAUACAGAUAAUGUGGAAGAAGGGGAAUCACCAAUACCUGAUGAUGCUGGCCAUCAUUAUCAGUCACCAGAGUUUAGCAAAUCAUGUUCAAUGGGCCAAUCGUCCACCUGACAAACUGCCACCGGGGAACUAGCAUGAUUAUGGACCAGGAUCUCACUGUUAAGAUCAAUUUUUAUUAGAUUGGAACAGCAUGGACCCAGUGGUUACAUGUAGAGGGAUCAUAGUAGACGUGCCAGAAAAUCAUGGUUGAGGUGAAACUCUUGCUUGAGGACGUACUUGAUUCUCGGGAUAUAAUAGGUAAAAAUAUUUAUAAAAAUAAGCAUAUUUUCUUGUGCGAAUAACUUACCUGGAAAGAGACUUUUCAUGAGGAGAAGAAGGGUGAAAUAGUCUCUCAAGAGUAGCGAUACAAAAGCAAUAGGCAGGCAUGAAUAAUCUUUUAGCGAAAUGUAAUAAUGCAUGGUCAUAUGAAAGUUGUCCAAAAGGAUGUUGUAUUUUUAUUUGGUGCAUCUGAGUAUGACCUAUGUAGCAAUAACUAGAAUUCCUUUCCAAUCUUUUUCUCCCCUCCAAGUCCCUUCUUGUUUAGUGCAUC